GUUUAUUUUGAAAUACAUUAUAUUUUCAGCUUGGUAAUUUUGGUUUUUCUAAGUUUAAAAUUAACCAAAAUGGGUUUCUUUCUUCAACUAAAGCUUCUUUUGUGGAAAAAUUAUGUAAUUCGGACAAGGCGAAAGGUCCACUGUGUGGUGGAACUUGUCUGGCCCCUGUGUUUAUUUACUCUGUUGAUGCUAAUUCGCACCAAAGGCUUAUUUCAGAAGGUUCAUCAAUGCCACUUUGAAGACAAACCUAUGCCAUCAGCGGGCCAGCUGCUUUUUUACCAAGGGCUUAUUUGUGCAUUCAAUAAUACGUGCCAUGCUUCUGCAGACAUAGCUGACAGGAGCUAUUCAACUAUACAGACUACAGAUCUUUUUCUCAUGAUCCAUGAUGCGAAGUCAUUUUCAAAGUAUGCAGUUGCUAAAAAUCAAGAGGCUAUUAAAAAAUUCACGCAAAGUGCAAUGGCUUUGGCUGAAGAGAUUAAAAAACAGAAAAAUCCUCUUUUAAAAACAGAUUUGGAGUAUCAUCACCGGCCACCCCCAAAUAAUUUGUCAUUGGAAAUAUCAGCCCAAAUGAAAAGACUGGAUGCACUUCAUGGCGAGCUUGAAACAAAUAUGGCUGAAUUAGCUCCUUCUUUAGAAAUCAUUAACUUAUGGGAACGGUUAAACAUCAAUUAUGACAACAUAACAGCAAUUUUAAAAGAUAACCCUAUUAUUGAUGAAAUAUUUCUUCGUCUACACACUUUCAUGUGUGGAAACAAGACAAAUAUGACAUUAGAUAUGCUAUCACAUAACCAGUUGCCGCUAAAUAGCCUUCAGUCUUAUUUAGAGAGCAUAAGUAAACAUCCAGCAGAACUGCAUUAUGAGUAUGAUACAGAAAUCAGCAAAGAGUGUAAUGCGAUUUAUGAAAAACUUGAAACGACGCCUUCUUUAAAAUUUAUCUGGCGUAUUGUCAAGCCCUAUAUAAGAGGGAAAAUCAUAUUCAGCCCAAAUACCACAGUUGUUAAAAGAGUGCUUAAAAGAUUAUCAGAUAAAUUAGUUGGUCCCAACUUGGCAUCAUUGUCGAAAGAAGCAGAAGCUUUGAAAUACGAUGCCUACAUAUAUUUGUCAUCUCUACAUGAAUUGACUUACAUCAAGGAAUUGUACAAUUUACAAAACAGUUCACACGAUGAUGGGUUCGAUUCUAACACCCUUCAUUCUUCAAUUUAUGAUUCAGUGAUUAAGGCACAAGAACAGAUAAAAAACUACUAUGAAAAACUGCAGAAAUUUAAAAAGAAAAAC